AUGGACGAAGUAUAUUUACUAGCGACAACAUCGCAAGAAAGCGCAGAAACCGAGUAUUAUGAAGAAGAAGGAGACCCGUGUGAGAUCUCGUUCGCUCCAGCACGACGAUGGUGGUUAGUGGCGGUGGCGGGUACUUCUUUGUCGGUGAUAUCGUUGAUUACAAACAUGAUCAUAGCACGAGUACUACUGCAGAAAAAACACUCUCAUUUCUUCUUUCUUGGCCUUUUGGCCGUUAGCGACACGUUUCUUAGCUUUUGUUACGGUCCUGUAAUAGCUAUGGAGAUCGUGCGGUAUAAUGUUGAGGUACGUUGGGAGGGGGUGACACAUGAAGGGGGACGUGAUGGUUAAGUUGAGUAGAAUAGUAGGGCAAUUAGAGCAAUCUAGGGCAGAGUAGAGUAGUUUAGGGUAUGGUAGAGUAAUGUAUGGCAGGGUAGAGUACGUUAGAAUAAGGUAGGGUACAGUAGAAUAGAGUAAGGUAUGGUAGUGUAGAGUAAUAUAGAAUAGUGUAAGGUUUUUUACUGUAGAAUAGGUUACUCAUGAUAUGUUUGAAAACCUUUUUUACCAUUUCUUCACCAAAAAUAAAGUCAAAUCUGAUAAAAUAUAGUUGUAGGUAUGGAUAACGCGGCUAUGGUGGCACUACGUCGGUCCGUUACUGUCGCUAUGUCAUGUUUCUAUGACAUUUUCUUGUUUUAUGAUUAUUCUAGCGACGAUAGAACGGUAUUUGAUUACUGUAAAACAUCGAAUGCUAACAUGUUUUCGGAUGAAUCGAUGUAAUUUAGCUUUACUUAUGUUUCUACUAUCCUUAAUAUUACGAGGAACUGCCGUUUUUGAGUUCCAGGUAAGAGGUUUAUUACUUCUAAGUUUUAGGUCUUGUUAUGUAUGGCAAUAUGUUGUACUAGGAACUCUACUACAAUAUUUUUACUUGAUUUGAUAACAAUAAUGCUAUUUUUUAUUACGGUCUAUUGCAAUAUUGCUCAGUACCUCAGUUUCAUCAUACUAUAAUGAUAUUUUCAUAACAUACGAUGUUUCAGAUAGUAAAAAACGGUAACUGUACGGGUAUAAUGGAGUACGAUGUGGCCUUAACCGACCUUGUGAAUGUUUGGGUCUAUGGUACUGUAUUCCGGUUUUAUCUCAGGACUAUCUUCACAGUAUUGGUGCCAUUCUUUCUGUUAAUGUCUUUAAAUAUUAUGAUUGUACAAAAACUACAACGACAAAGCCGAUCUCAUAGUAUGUUUCGGUUCGGCAAGAGCGAUCAUAAAGUAAGUUGAUUUGUAUUAUUUGUUGUUUUAGAUGUGAAGUUUUGUUAUUUUAGGUAAUGUAUUGUCUUAAAAGUUCUAUAUUAUCCACAACAUAUUGAGCCAAAAAAACGUUCUUUGAUACUUAUUAGGUCGUUCAAGUAAUUCUGUGCCCCUAACCCAAAAAAUUGCGUAGAGGAAAGGGGCACAGAGUUAUUUGAAAAACCCAAUAUAUUGGGUUUUCCUUAUUAUUGGCCAAUAAUAUUGUAAAUAAACAUAAAAAUAUGUAAAACAAACAUCUUCAGCAAAAGAUCCGCUCAGCUACUCGCCUUCUAGUCUUCAUUGUAAUGGGAUACUUGAUUGCUAAUACCUUGAACGUCGCCAUUACCGCGUGGGAGUUUAUUGACUUCGAGUCGACUGGCGGAUGGUAUAAUGUAAGUGGUGUAACAAAAAUAAUAAAUUUUCAAAAAUUUAAUUAUUUGGGUAUUAAAUUUUUUAUUUUUAAAGAAAGGUUUAAUUUUUAGGUAAUAAAUUUCGGUUUUCAAGUGGAAAAUUUUUAAAAUGAAAUUUUUAGGUAAUAAAUCUUUAAAAAAUUUGAUUUUUAAGCAAAAAGCUUUAAAAAUAAGAAUUUAGGUAACAGAUAUAUUAAAAUUGUAAUUUUUAGGUAAUAAUUCUUCAAAAUAGUUUGCUUUCAAGGGAAAAUUUUUAUAAAUACGUUUUUAGAUAACAAAUAUUUUUAAAAUUAAGAUUUUAGGUAAUAAGUAGUAAAGGGGGGGGUGGUGGGAGAGUCCACCCCCAAGGGGGCAGGCUCCCCCGACCCCCCCUCUAAAUGGCUUUACCCCUACUACCAGGGGUAAAGCCAUUUAGAGGGGGGGUCGGGGAAGACUGCCCCUUUGGGGAGUGGGCUCUCCCACCCCCCCUUUACUACUGUAAUAAUUCUUCAAAAAAAUUUUGAUUUUCAAUUAAAUUUAAAAUCCUUAAUCUAUUUAAAAUUUUUAAAACCAAAAUUUUGAAUUUUCAGCUGUACGAAACCCUGACCGACAUCAUUUCCAUGUUGUACGUGCUCACAUGUGCCACACGAAUAAUUGUUUAUUCGAUUUGCAAUGAGGAAAUUCGAAACGCCUUGAAGGAGUUUCUCUGCUCCAGGAACAAGAAGAACGUCUCCAGGAGUCACGAUUAUAAACCCAUCCAGAAAGUUAAUCCAGGAAGCGAUAAAGAGUAGGUGUUAUACUAAAAUUAAAGUUUAAAAUUAUGUGAAAAACAGUAUUUCAUCUGAUGCUGACUUUUAUAAAAAAAAUUGGUUAAACGAUAAAGAUUUACCAUACUCUAGGUCACUACACGAUGAAUUGUCAUUACUCUAUGUUAUUUACCUUGUUUUACCUUACCUCAGUUUGCCUUGCCCUGCCUUUCCUUGCGCUGCCCUGCCCUUAUUCGAAACUUUAUGACAUUAUUAAUUCUAGUUUCUACGAAGACUCGAACAUUCAAAACUCUCAAGACCUGAGCAUGCCCAAUAUGGGUACCGAGUUUGAUCGAGUUGCUAUAGCCAUGGUGAUAGCCCACAAGCGACGCGAUCGGCUUAACAGUGCUCCUCAGCUACAAUUUCACAAAACUAUGGAUUCGCAGCCAUCUGGGCUAAUGACCAGUCGAUCUUUUAUCAUUUCCAAUCCGCUAGCCCACAACGGACACAUUAACAACACAACUGGUAACAGUGGUAAUCUACUGGAUGUUCCUAGCUAA